UGGAAAAAACUAUAUAAUCUGCCAUUUUCACAAAUUCAACAUUAGUUACAAAUAUUACGUUCGAUAACAAAAAAUAAAAAAUAAAUAUGUGUAAAAUAAAUUUAGUUUUUAUCAUAAAUUUACUACUUGGCUUGAGUUUUUUAACUGAAGCAGGAGUGUUAAGGAAUAAGGAGGAGCAGCCUCAAAGCACUACGUUACCAACGCAAAACGCUACGACAACAGAUUUUGUUACAGUCACUACAAAAAAGUCUUUAGCUCGUAAAAACGAUGAGGAAGCCGCAAUUUUGGCAGCACAAGACAUUUUGUUUGACUCUUCGCCUUCGGAACUUAAAACGGACAAGCAAACUGUUCAAGUCGAAAAGUCAGCGAAAUUGUUAUUGUUAAGUCCUCCCAAGCUAAGUGAUAAAAAUAAACAACCAGCUGAAGAAAACGUUGAAGAACCGGAAGAUGGUGAAAGUCAUUUUGAAAGUAACACAGAAAUGCAGAUGGACAGUACCACCGUCACUAGUAAUGCCGAAACUACUAAGACCGCCAAUGUGAAGAUUAAUUAUGAAAAGUCUGAGACUUCUACAGAAGCCAUUACAUCGGUAGGAAAAGCAGUAAAAGUACAUGAAAAACGUGACGUAUCAGCCAAUCACAUGAAGGAAAAGGACCAGGGCAAACCGCUUAUAUAUAUGAAACCAAAAGAAGAGGAACACGGAAAACCGCCCCCCGAAGAAAAACCUGAAAUAUUGAAAGAUCACAUCAAACCGGAACAAACUGGAAAAGAAAAUGAACACAUGCCCCGGGAAAUGAAGAAACCUCAUCCAAACAAUGGAAAAGAGAAUAUGUGCCCUGCUACAAAGGCGGAGGAACCGAAAGAUAUGAAACAUUCUUUCCUGCACACAGCCGUGCUUUAUGAACCUGAACAAAGUUACGUUUUAGUACAACCUGAGCCACAUUUACAAUCGAUUUUUAAAGGCAUCGAAAUUAUUCCUACCUUCGUGGAUCAUUCAGUCGGAAUUAAUUAUGUGGAGAGCUGGUAACGCUUACGGAGUGGGGAUGGAGAGUAGAAUUAUAGACAAAG